UCAAAGCUGCCUGCUCCAGCUGGCCCCUGCCUGGGAGCAGCUCCUGCCCCUGCCGACUGUGCCUUGGCAUCUCCUCCUGGUGGGAUCUGCUGCCACCCUCUGCCUGGAGGAGUCUGCAGCCAGCUAAAGGUGACUAAAGAUCUGAGCAUGGCUUCUUUCAAGUGACCCAUUUUUUUCUGAGGGGCUCUGCAGUGGCUUCUGGAUCGUCCUUGAGAAAUCUGUUCUGGUUGUAGUGGGAGUUGCACAAACAGAGCACUCAGGAAGGAAAUCAGCCAUGACAGUGGAAACCAAACCCAGCAAUGUCAACGACUCAAACCAGGAGGCAGAGCCUGACCAGCUCUUGGAUGAUGAAGGAAACAAAAACCCACCAGUCAAAAAGACUUCCUCUUCCACUGGAUUGAAGGUGUUCCUGGCUGCUCUGUCCUUCAGCUACUUCAGUAAAGCCCUGUGUGGGACAAUAAUGAAGAGCUCCAUCACCCAGAUUGAGAGGAGGUUUGGCCUGACCUCCUCCGUGGCAGGGUUCGUCGACGGGAGCUUUGAGUUGGGAAACCUGCUGGUGAUGGCAUUUGUAAGCUAUUUUGGAGCUAAGCUGCACAGGCCCAGAGUAAUAGCUGUGGGAUCCUUUGCUAUGGCUUUGGGAUGCUUUUUGUCAGCCAUGCCUCAUUUCUUCAUGGGAUACUACAAGUAUGAGACAGCAUCACACACAGCUGCUUCAGCCAGCUUAAAUUCCAGCACAAAUCCCUGCUCCCUACAUCAGGAUGUGAAUGACACUGUCCUGGAAGUCUCACGAGCAGGCUGUGAGAAGGAGCCAUCAUCAUACAUGUGGAUCUAUAUCUUACUGGGAAACAUGUUACGUGGGAUUGGUGAGACGCCAAUAACGCCCCUGGGCAUCUCUUACCUCGACGAUUUUGCUAAAGAGGAGAAUGUUCCUGUGUAUGUAGCCUGUUUGCACACCGUGGCCAUGAUGGGCCCCAUGUUUGGCUUCCUGCUGGGAUCUCUGUGUGCAAAGCUGUACGUGGAUAUUGGAUUUGUGGAUCCAGGGAGCAUCACCAUCACCCCACAGGACUCCCGCUGGGUGGGUGCAUGGUGGCUUGGCUUUUUGAUAGGUGGAGCAGCCAGUUUGCUGUCUGCUAUUCCAUUCUGCUUCCUGCCCAAGAGUCUGAAAAAGCCAGAGGAAGCCAAGAAGGACAAAGCUUCACACGGGCUCUUGGAAAACACGGGUGCCGCGGGGAAUAAACUUUCUCCUGAAAGAACCAAGCCAAGGAAGUGGUCAGUGAUGCUGAAAGAUUUCUGUAACUCCCUGAAAAAGGUAUUGGGUAAUCGAAUGUACUUUACAUUUUUGUGUUGCUCACUGUUACAGUUCAAUAGUUUUAUUGGUUUCGUGACUUACAAACCAAAGUACAUGGAACAGCAGUAUGGACAAUCUACAUCCAAAUCCAACUUCCUAAUAGGAAUUACAUCCUUGCCUCCUGUAGGUCUUGGGAUUUUCCUAGGAGGGCUUAUAAUGAAAAAGUAUAAAAUGGGCAUCAUUGCAGCCACAAAAUUUUCAUUUAUCGUGUCAUUUUUGUCCUAUGCCAUCGGCUUGUUGCACUUUUUUGUUGGCUGUGAUAACCACAUGGUGGCAGGAAUGACAGUGUCCUAUGAAGGCAACCCCAUUCCAUACCACAACAAUUCCCUGUUUUCGGAAUGCAACUCCCACUGCAAAUGUGCCUCCAACGUGUGGGAUCCUGUGUGUGGAGCCAACGGCCUCACCUACGUCUCUGCAUGCCUGGCUGGCUGUGACACCUCCGUGGGACAUGGGAAGAGCACAGUCUUCCAUAACUGCAGAUGUCUUGAAUUCAGCAAUUCAUGGACAGGAAACAAUUCUGCCACCUUGGGGCAAUGUCCAAAAAGUGACGACUGCUCGAGGAAUUUCAUUUAUUACACAGUAAUACAAGUCAUAGGUGGAUUUUGCUAUGCCCUGGGAGUCACUCCUUCAUACAUUCUUGUGUACAGAUGUGUCCAGCCAGAGCUCAAAGCUCUUGCAGUGGGUCUCUUCACACUGCUUACGAGGAUGCUGGCUGGGAUCCCAGCCCCAGUUUAUUUUGGUGCAGCCAUCGACAGGACCUGCCUGAAGUGGGGCAGCACCAGCUGUGGGAGGAGAGGGGCUUGCAGGCUCUACGACUCCAAUGCAAACAGAGAUUCUGAAGCACGAGAAAUAGGCGCGGCUGGGUUGCGAUGCCCGCAGUGUCCGGCAGAGGGCACCCCAAUGCCAGCGUUGCUCCCCGUUGCCAUGGCAAUUAUCGAUGGUUUUAUUAUCAGCUUCGGUUUUCCCGGGAAAAAUUCAUCACCACCCAUCCCUGUUCCCACACCCCCUAAAAUUCCCUCGGCUCAUACAGCUGAGCUCAUGUACUCAAAGCUGCCUCCGUGUAUUUGUUGGUUUGCCUUUGCUGCGCUCGCCUCGCUUGGAGCUUGACAACUUGUUGUGACUUUAAAUAAAAAAGAUGAGCACUUGAGAACAAGUUUCACACCAGGAAGGUUGACACUUUAAAAUAGAUGCUCAAGGCUCAGUGGGAUAUGGUUAAUAGACAUAUUAGAUAUAAAAUAUAUAUAUAUUUGUUGAGCAAAAUGCUGAAUUGUUCUGAAGUGUGUUGUCUGUCAUGACAGUCACUUAGCAGUGAUUGCAGCAGCUGAAGGGAGAAAAAUGGGACUUUUUUUCCCAAAUGAAGUGAUAUUUACUGAAGGCAGAGAUUCUCCACCCAUCAAAACUAGAGAAGUUCUUUAUUUUUCUUUAGCCUGGGGAAAAUGAGGCUCAGGGGAACCUUGUGGCUCUCUCCAGCUCCCUGCCAGGAGCCACGGGGGGUCAGGCUCUGCUCCCAGGCAAUCAGCAAGAGGAGAAGGGAAACGGCCCAAGCUGGGCCAGGGGAGGUUCAGCUCGGCCAUCAGGAAUAUUUUCUUGACAGAAAUACUUGGAACAGGGUGCCCAGAGAAGUGGUGGAGAAACACACCAAAGGUGACAUGCUGCAAGCUGCAAAAUAAAUUUACAUUGUUCAGUGCUUGCACAAUGGGCAGGAGAAAAACAUAGGAAGAGAAGAAAAGUCUUUUCUCAUCUUGCUACUCUCUGUGCCUAAAGCAGGCGAGGGAAUUAUUUUUGUAAUUUUUAUUAGGGCUUGGGAAAACAACUGUUUGGAAUCU